UACAGCACUUCGUUAUAUUCAGCCAAAAUGGGCAGUGAAUCAGUGCUCAUCUCUCUAUCCCACGCUGACGCGGCCCACUGGAACAGGGAGUUGAUGCUCGAGUUCCAGGCCACUCUGGAGAAGGACCCAGCGGCGGACUUGAUGUCAAUGUUCUCUGAGGCUUACCUCCGUGAACAUCAAAAUGUCCUUGACAGUCAGCUGUCUUAUGCCGGGCUUAUCAAUCGCCGUGUAUUAAGCGGUCUUCAAGACGACCUGCGACCCGCAUUAAAGGAGAAACAAGAACAUGAGGUGAAGGCGCCUGAGUUCAGAGAACGUCACCUCGACCGUGCAGAGACUGCCACAGUCAUUUAUCCGUUAUCCGAUGAAGUUAUUGCUUUGCUUGCAGGAUGUUCACGACCGGACGCGGAUCAAUUUUCGCUCGAUGAUGAGAAAUCGCUCGUAUCAUCCUUGAGAACGCUGCUUUGGAACUCACCACAACUCUGGCAGAGUCCUGUAAGAGGCAUGGUGGUUAAGUGCAACGAAAACGUUAUUACCAAGGUCAUAACUGGGAAUACGGAUUACACGGAGUACACUAGCAUGCAAUUUCUUGAGAAGCGGGCGCCCAAAUUCCUGCUCCGAGGCCCCAUGGGCUGUCUAAGACAGAUUCGACAGAAAGAGGGAACUAGUACGCUUGGUGGAACUUGUGGAGAGGGAGUCAAGGAGCUAACGGUCGACGAAUGCGCCCUGUUCAAAGGCAUUAUGACAACAAAAGAGUACAGUGAUCUACAAUUUUCGGCUCGUCAUCAUGGAAGUGCCACUUAUGUUGGACUUCUGCGCUCUUUCCUGGAACAUGACACCUCAACACUGGCACAUGAAUCGGUGUUCACCCAUGGCGAUGUGCGAACUGAUAAUGUAAUGGUGAAGCAGGAUCCCGGUUCUAGCGGCCAAUAUAUUGUCACUGGAAUCAUUGACUGGGAGGACAGUGGCUUCUAUCCGUUCUAUUAUGAGUGCACUGCGCUGACUCGUACUAUGAGCCUGGUGAACGAAAAUGAUUGGUAUCUGUAUCUGCCGCAGAGCAUUUCACCGUCGAACUUUCCUGUGCGUUGGCUGGUUGAUCGGCUUUGGCAUAUACAUUUACGGACUACAUAA